AUGAUUCAGCAAACGGGCAUGCUUGGUGAAGAUGGCAUUCACAUCGACAUGAACCACCUCAAGAGCGGCGAGGUCAACCUUGGAACAUCCAUCAUGGCCAUCAAUUUCAGAGACGGCGUCAUCCUCGGCGCUGACAGCAGAACUACCACUGGAGCCUACAUUGCAAAUCGAGUCACAGACAAGCUCACACAAGUGCACGACACAAUAUGGUGCUGCCGAUCAGGCUCAGCAGCAGACACGCAGGCAGUCGCAGAUAUUGUCCAGUACCACCUUGGCAUGUACGGUAUUACCAACGACGAGCCCCCGACGACACAGACCGCUGCCGCCCUCUUCCAAGAGCUAUGCUACGAGAACAAAGACAGCUUGAGUGCAGGUAUCAUCAUUGCUGGUUGGGAUAAGCGACAUGGUGGACAGGUUUAUUCAAUUCCUUUGGGAGGAUCACUCCACAAGCAGGCAUACGCAAUUGGUGGUUCCGGUUCCACUUAUAUCUACGGAUACUGUGAUGCAAACUGGAAGGAGGACAUGACGGAGGCUGAAGGAGUUUCAUUCGUCAAAGGAGCGCUACAAGAGGCUAUCAAGUGGGAUGGCAGCUCUGGUGGUGUGAUCAGGAUGGUUGUGCUCACAGCAGCGGGCGCCAUACGACAUCUAUACUUACCCGAUCGCAACUACACCGGACCAGGGACCGACAAGGUCUAG